UUGAUAAAGAAAAAAUAACCUUUUCAUUGUAAGCAGACGAAAAAAUCUACAUUUUUUAACAUUUUUUGUGAAUUUAUUCUGGAAAGAAACCUAAAGAUUUUUACAAAAUCAAUAAAGAAUUGUAAUCUAAUAAUAUUGAAUGUUAAUUUAAAAACAAGAAUAUAUUUGUGAUGCUAAGUUUUUGAGAUAAAAAACGAAAAAUUGAAAAUUCCUUUGUCAGCCAGACAAAGACGUGUGUGUGUUUGCCGUACCACCACUCAAUAAUUCGUUGUUGGUUGAAGGUCGGGUGACGCGCUUAGCGGAGCAUCCCUCGAGCCCAAAAAUUGCUGUAAAGGAAUAAUUUUUCCUUCCUGCUGUUGUUAAGUUUUCCUAGCUUAUCUCUAAACUGCACUUUAUAUGCCUAACGACGAUAUGUCGGGCAGUGAAGAUGGUCAACUACGCAGUCCAGUCGGCGAUGACCAUAUGUUAAGGCCAAAAAGUGUGUACAUGUCCAAUGACCGAUGCGCGCGAUGGCCACGACGUUACCUUUUAAAACAAAACCUAAUAUACCUAAAAUCAAAAAUUAAAAAAAAAACAAACAAAUAAUAAGCUCUAUAACUUAAUAAAAAAAACCAAACAAUUAAAAACAUAAAAAUGAAUGUUUAAAAGCCGGUAAAAAUCUAUAAAACAAAAUCAUGGCUCAACAAAACAUCUGCCUACAAAAGAAACAUAAAGCCAACAAGCAAGCAGCUGGUUUAAAAAAAGCUAGAAAAAUGUAAACUACAAACUUGUUACUGUAAUUAAUAAAAACUGUAAAAUGCCAAAGGGGUCAGUCAGUCAUUCAAUCAGUCAACGUCCUUAAAAAUUGUUGAAGUUUGAGGCAGCAACAAAUAAAACCUUUAAACGGUUUGUUUGAUGGACAAGAGGCCAGUUAGUCCAAUGGAUAUCUAAACUCUUUAAAAGAGACCGUAAACCAAUCUCAUCAACAACAACAACAAUAAUAAUUAAAAUUCCAACAAACAUCUAACAGUAGCAUCCUAAACAAAAAUUGUUAUUGUUAUGUUUUCAUCAAUUUUGAAUCCAUGUCUCCUUAGUUGUGUUGUAAGAAAAAUUGUAAAGUAUCUCUGGAUUUUGUUAACACAACAAGUAUCAACAUUUUUCAUAUAAUUUUCUCUUAUUUGUUUACAACUAAUUCUCCUUUUAAUCCUUAAUAUCAAGAAAAACAAAAAAAAAAAAAAAGCAAUUAUCGUCUCUUCUCAGCCCGAUGAUGUUGUUGAUUUACUUUCUUCUUCGUUUAUAAGCAGUUGUUUGUGGAGUAUUUUGCUUUGGAAUUGUAUUACUACAACUACCUCCUACACUUUUAUUGGGUCGUCAAAAUAAUUAUUUCAUAUUUUUCCUCUGCAAGGUGAGUGUUCAGUUGUUGGUUUUAUCAGUGCCUUUUGUUUAAUUGUAUAUUAUGUAUUCUAUUAAUUUCUUUUUUUUCAAAGGAUACAUUGUUGUUCAGAAAAAAGGUAAAUGCUUGACGAACUAAACAAAUUUUGUUAACCCAAUGUAUAAGUGGAUUAAGAUUAAUACAAUUCCAAGCAAAAAAUGAAUGCAAACUUCUACGUAGAAAAAAGUAAAGAAAAACUAUAAAUCAUGGGUAAAUAAAUAAAACAAAGACAAAACAAAUUAUUUCAUAUCUAUAUAUAAAAUAAAACUACUACAAGAACAUUUUUACAAACUAAUCAAAAAACUAUUGGCCAUUGUAACGCUCAGAUCAGGGACAACAAGGGUAGACACACUUAAAUACACGCUUACCCAACAAUCACUUAUUUGCUAAACUCCAAGUUAAACUGGCAAGAAAAAGAAAAACUUCCGAAAGAAAGGAAUGCAAAGGACUGUAAUUAAAUUGAAACCAUAAAAGAGGCGUUCAAUGGGAACUAAGGAAGAAGAUGGCGAAGAGGAUACAGAUUCAUUGGAUAUUAAACCACCACAGGCUCAUGUAUCUCGCGAUUCGAGUAGUUCUAGGCGUAAGGAAAAAUCGAAAGAUAAGAAACAUUCCAAAGAACGUAGACACAAGGAACGUUAUGCCGAUGCAGGAGGAGGACGUGAUAAAGAAAAGGAUUAUCAUCGUGAUAGCCGACAAGUUGAACGUAGAAGCGAUGUGGAGCGUAAAGAAAUAAGGCGAGGCAAUGGUGAGGAACGUUAUCAGCUGCAGAAGAGUGGCUACGAUCGGGAGGAUUAUAUGGCUGGGGGAGAAAAGCGUUAUCAUAAACAUUAUGAUGAUGCUGCAACGGGUUCGCGUGGCAGUGCAAAUGUUUAUCAUGGCAGUUAUCAUGGUCAUCAGGAGCAUCAAUACCAACAUCAUCAUCAUCAACAGCAGCAGCAUCAUCACCAUCAUCAUGCCCAAAUGCAAAUGCAACAUCGUCAACGUCAAGAUUACUAUGAACACCGGAGACAACAAGACUAUCAUCAUCCACUGCCCACCGAUUAUCAUAGCCAACGUCAUCACCAGCAGCAACACAAUCAAGCCUAUGAAGUUUCCCGUGGUGGAGCUCAAAAAUAUCAUGAUCAUGAAAUGGAGAAACGUAAAUAUGGCUCCUACGAUCAUGCCAAAGAUCCUGAAAGUCUAGAGCAAGACUUACGUUCACGCCUUCUAAGCAAACGUCAUAAAUAUGUUAAAGAUGAUAGUGCGGAAGAGGUGAGUGUUGCUAGAGAUGAUUCAUAUGAACGUUUGUAUGAGGAGCGAGAACAUGAACGUAACUCCAAAAUAGAACGUCGCAAGGCUAGACGUUUAAAGGGACGCGAUGCUAUAAUAGAAGUGGUUGACAGUCCGGAUGCCGAAGAAAAUCUACGUCAUUCGCAACGCAAAAAACAUAAACGCCAUAAAGAAAAGCAUGAAAAGCGAACAGCCUUAGAUGAUAUUAUACCGCCUAAAAACGCAGCAGCUAUUACUGCCCCUCCACCAGUAGCAGCAGAAAAGAGACGUUCUCCCGAAGAUCCAGAACUUAUAGCUCGAAGAGCAAAGCUGCUGGCCGCCGAACAAGAAAAGGAGAAACGCAAGGAAAUUGCCCGCAAGGAACUAGAAGCUCGACGUGAAUUGAGAAGAGAUCGUGCUUUGGAUACUUUAAGUCCCACCGCUGUGGCGGCCAGUGUAACCGCCGGUUUAAAUGUUCAAAUAAAACGUAAGAAGAGCGAUGAAGAGGAAAAAGCAAAACGAAAACGUCUUAAAAAGUCCAAGGACAGUGAAGAAGAUGAUGACGAAGAUGAGGAACGAGAUGAAGAAGAUGAUGAAGAUGCUAGUGACUCUUCCGAUGAUAGUCGUGAUGAUGAAGAAGAUAGUGUUAGUAACUCUGGCAGUGAUAGCGAUCACAGUAAUUAUAAGAAAAGUAAAUCGAAAAAGAAGAAACGAGCGAAUCAUAGUGAUGGUGAAGUCUCCUUACCCGAAAGUCCUUUGUCAAUAGGAGAAUUGUCCAAAUCUCCCAAUAAAUCAUCGAAGAAAAAAGCGAAAAAGAAGAAACAUUCUGCUAAAAGCAAAUAUUCGGAUGAUGAAGACAACGAGGAGGAAGAGGAGAAACAUAAUAAACGUUCUUCUAGAUCCAAUUCAAUAUCACUGUCACCCAGCCGUUCAAGAUCGCGAACACGCUCGCAUACACCCGCCCAUUCUAGAUCACGCUCAAGAUCCCGUUCAUCACAUUCUUCUCUAACGGCUAGCUCUAGAUCACGUUCAAGAUCACGUUCUUCCGUACGCAGCAGAUCAAGAUCCCGUUCUCAUUCUAGCUCAAGAUCACGUUCUCGUUCACGUACCUCCCGCAGCCGUAGUCUAUCAAAAUCACGCUCACGUUCUCGUUCAGACUCUCGUACGCGCAGUGAAGAACGUGAUAUGAAAGCAAAUUCACGCAAAGAGGAAAAGGAAUCAAAAGACAAAUUAUCCUCCUCAGAGGUGGAUAAGAGGAAUCACGAAGAUGCUGAAGAUUUGCCCGCCAUGGAUGACAAAGGUAAUCCCUUACCCAAUUACUAUCCCGGCAUACAGGGUUGUCGUUCGGUAGAAGAGUUCCAAUGCCUUAAUCGCAUAGAGGAGGGUACUUAUGGUGUUGUUUAUCGCGCCAAAGAUAAACGUACAAAUGAAAUUGUCGCCCUUAAACGUCUUAAAAUGGAAAAAGAAAAAGAAGGCUUUCCCAUUACGUCACUGCGUGAAAUCAAUACUUUACUCAAGGGUCAACAUCCCAAUAUUGUUACGGUGCGCGAAAUAGUUGUCGGUUCAAAUAUGGAUAAAAUUUUCAUUGUUAUGGAUUAUGUAGAACACGAUUUGAAAUCGUUAAUGGAAACUAUGAAGGCGAAAAAGCAAUCAUUUUUCCCUGGUGAAAUUAAAUGUCUAACACAACAGCUGCUCCGGGCAGUGGGUCAUUUGCAUGACAAUUGGAUAUUGCACAGAGAUUUGAAAACGUCAAAUCUUUUACUAUCGCACAAAGGCAUCUUGAAAGUAGGUGAUUUUGGUUUGGCACGUGAAUAUGGUUCACCUUUAAAGAAAUAUACCUCAUUGGUGGUGACAUUAUGGUAUAGAGCUCCUGAGUUGUUGUUAUGUUCACCCGAAUAUUCGACACCGAUUGAUAUAUGGUCAGUGGGUUGUAUAUUUGCAGAAUUUCUACAAAUGGCUCCUAUAUUUCCGGGAAAAUCCGAGGUGGAUGAAUUAAAUCGGAUAUUUAAGGAACUGGGAACUCCCAAUGAGAAAAUUUGGCCUGGCUACAAUCAACUACCGGCGGUCAAGAAUAUGCUUAGUCAAAACUCUCAAUUUGCAGACUAUCCCGUGUCCAGUUUAAGAAAACAUUUUGCCGACAAAACUUCCGAGGCCGGCAUUGAUUUAUUACAGGGUCUUUUAACCUAUGAUCCCAAACAAAGAUUGUCCGCCGAUACCGCUUUAAAACAUCAAUAUUUCAAAGAACUGCCAGUACCUAUUGAUCCAUCCAUGUUUCCCACCUGGCCAGCUAAAAGUGAAUUGGGUGCACGCAAAGCUUUGGCCUCCUCGCCGAAACCACCUUCUGGAGGUUCUCAAUUUAAACAAUUGGGUAAAGAUGAUCUGGCUGGCACCGGUAGUGGCGGUAAAAUCAUAUCUGGCAUUAUAACCGGCAACAAGAAAACAUCUGCCAAUACUGGCUUUGUCCUAAAUGCUGGUAUCGAUCAAAGACAAUUAGCCAUGGGACCCGGUUUUAAUUUGAAAUUCUAAAUUGUUUUCUUUUAUCUGCGUGUAAUAGACUUUUUAAUCUCUUAGGAAAAAAAAAACAUCUUAAAGAUUAAUUAAAUUGCCACAACGUUUUCUUUUGUUAAUUUUAUUUUUAUUAUACUUACAUAGUAAAAUAAGUCGUGUCCUUUAUAUGGGUGUGUUAAAUUUAAAUCGCAAAACAUUAACCGUCAUUAUAUCAGAUUUUUUAUAACAACAUCAUUGUUAUUGAAAGCUUAGUUUAAAGCUUUAUAAAUAAACAUUUACACAAAUAUUACUAUAUAAAACUCUUUAUAUUUUUAUAUUAGUACAUACAUACUUAUUAAAUUAUAUCAAAUAUGUGUAAUUUUCUUUUUUCUUCUUUAUUAUCCAAAAAAAAUCUUCUUAAUUUUAGUUUUUUUUUUUAAUUUUUUUUGUUUUCUUUUCUUAAGUUAUGUUUAUUCUUUAAUACUUUUACAAAAUAUCGUAAGUUAUUCCUAAAAAAAACAAAUAAAACAACAAAAAAAUAUGAAAACAUGUAAAAAAUACA